GACCGGCUCUGAAGCGGAUCAGAGAGACCACCAUCGCAUGCGCGUGCACGACAUUUCUUAUUAAGCUUUCUUUCCGUGAGCCUUUUUUCGUCGGCAGAGCGUUGAGGACCUUUUUUUAAUACGAGUCACGGACCUGAUGGCUAAGAAUUCUCACGCCUAAGUAUUUUAUGAUGAAGGAUUCAAUGGCUAAUGGCGGGUUGUGGUCGACUGAAAGGGUUUAAUGUCCGUUCGCCAGGCUGAUAAGGCGGAGAUUUCUGACGGACCACCGGACACCAAACGUAGACGGAUCAAUUCGCAGCGUAUUCCUGAUCCGGAGCUUGAAAGCGCGUCAUUUGCCACAUCCCGACGAACCAUAGAGUCCCUCUCUAGCCUUCUUCAAUCAGGCUCUUCGGUCCUCUCCCGCAGAUUCGGAUUCCCCUUGAAGGAGACGCACCAGCAGGGUUCAGCUCAGCGCGGUCAGUCAUCGUCUCCCCGCGGUUCGUCGUCUCUUCUCAGUCAAUCGCCAUCGCAUCCCGCUCCGGGCUCGACGUCCUUAAAGCGAUCUUCACGCGUUGCUGGAAUUCCCGACGCCAGCGCAUGCGCGAGUGCCAGCCGUGCUUAUCCGAACUCUGCUCCCACCUCAUUUCGUUUCGACUCUGCUCGUCCUGCGACGCCGAGCGAUUCUCGAGAUCAUCGCCAAGCGACACCUGACGUUCGCUUGACUCCAUCGCUUUUCACAGGCCUAGCCGCUGAAGGAUUUCAGACGAUUCGAGAUUCACGUUUUUUUCGACAUUCGCGAGAUUCCCGACAUUCCCGACAUUCCCGAGGAUCUCGAGCACUUAGACACACUCGAGGAUCUGAGAGGACCCCAGGGACUAGCGACGCGGGAGGAGCUCUUGGAUCUCUAGGGGUUCGAGGGUUUCGCGGAGCACAGGCGGCGUGCAAGCGGUUCAAGAUGUCGUGGAUGGGGGGAUGGAAGCGGGAGACGGACAAAUUCCAGCUCGAGCUGGGGUACGGGGAGAAGGAGAAGAGCAAGGAGAAAGAGAAAGAUCUCCCUGUCGAAAGGACCAGUUCAGAUGGUGCCACGUCAUCUGCGGCGUCCGACGCUGGGGACGAAUUGGACGGCGGAGGUGGGCCUGGCGCGGUGGCGCGAGCGUUGCUGAGCAAGAUUUGCGAGCCACAGGUGAGCGCGGAGCGGCUGUGCAAAUUCCGCAUCCAGAUCGACUGGGCUGCAGGCGACGACGAGGAACAGGUGGCGUUACGGUUACAGUCGCUCGUGAUGGUAACCCUACCGCCCCCCCAUGACCACGUGGUAGUAGGCAUGCACGUGGAGCCACGUGGCGAGGGGGAGGAGAACAGGGAGUCAGCAUCAGCUCCAGAAGCAGCAGAACCAGGAGGAGCAUCAAAAGACUCAUCAGAAACGAGUGACGAACGGCUGGGAUUGCAGGAUGCCGAGAAAUGGACGGUCCGGAUGAACCUGAGGGUGCACAAGCAGAGGGAACCGCUGCACGUGCUGCGACUGACGCGGAUAGCCGCGAGCAGCAGCGCGUCGUACUCAGGCAGCGACGGCCUCUCCAUGCUGGCGAAGCUGCUGGACGCCAAGGGCGUGGCCCUGCACCGCGCAGACGCCGCCGCUGCUGCUGCCAGCGCCAUUCCCAUAGGAAUUUCAGGUGGAAUUUCAGGUGUCGGGGCUGGGGGAGGCACAGGUGGUAGUUCAGGUGCAGGGGCGGGCUCUGCUGGUUCGGGUGGCGGCAUCGCGCUAGGAGGGAGUGCAGGGAGUGGCGGUGUGUUGGUGGAGACAGGGUCGGGAGAUAAGGGAGGGAAAGGAGGGGCGUUGUCAGGGGGUCAGCAGCAGCAGCAGCAGCAGCAGCAGCAGCAGCAACAGCAACAGCAACAGUCAGUAUCUGCUUCUCCCGAGCAGCAGCAGCAGCAGCAGCAGGUGCUGUCAACAUCAACAGCUGAGAGCAUGCUGGGUUACUCGGACCACUGGCGCUCACUGAAGGCUCUCUCGCUCUCCUCCUGCUCCCUCUCUGUGCUCCCCAACUUCACCAUGAAUCUGCCCCUGUUGGAGGUGCUCGAGGUGGAGAACAACCGCCUGAGCGCGCUGCCAGGGGAGAUAGGGCACCUGCAGCAGCUGCGAGUGCUGAGGGCCGACAACAACCUGCUGGCGUCCGUUCCCAUCACACUUCGCGAGUGCACCAAGCUGAGGGAGCUCUCUCUGGAAAACAACCGCCUCGUUCGUCCCCUGCUGGACUUCAGGAGCCUGGCGGACCUGAGGGUGCUGCGCCUGUUCAACAACCCCCUCGAGUUCUUCCCGGAGAUCCUCCCCUGCCGCCACCUGCGCCAUCUGUCCCUCGCCAACGUGCGCAUCGUCAGCGACGCCGACCUCAAGAUUGUGGAUGUCAGCAUCGUGGCUUUGGAGGCCCAGCAGGGCUCCUAUUUCUCCGCGUCCAAGCACCGCCUGAGCGACUUCUUUGCACUUAUCUUCCGCUACUCGUCCGUGCACCACCCGCUGCUGGCGUCCACUCUCGCUCGCAUCUGCGAGGACCGCGAGAACCGGGCGGCGAUUGGGAAAGAUGAGAGCGCGAUCAGGCAGAUCGUGAGCAUGGUGCUCUCAGACUCCAAGCACGUGGUGGAGCAAGCGUGCCACGCUCUCUCAUCCCUGGCGAUGGACGACGCCCUGGUCACCCACCUGGUGAAGUCGGACGUGCUGUCAGCCAUCUGCUCGCUGCUGCUCUCCCAGCAGCCCGAGAUUCUCGUGUCCGUGCUCCGAGUGAUUGCCAACCUCGCGUUGGCCUCUGACUCGGUGGCGGCACGGAUCUUGAAUGUGGACUCGGCAGCCAUUGUGACGAGCCUGUGCCACCACACGCACAUGAUGGUGCAAACUCAAGCCCUAAUGGCGUUGGGUAACUUGGCAUUCUGCCCGGACAACCGCCGUCUGCUGUUGGCCCAGCCGGGGUUCUUAGAUGGGCUCUACCACCUCGCUACUGGGGGCGGGGGACUGGGAGGAGGGGGCGGGGGCGAGGGAGGGGAAGGGCGAGAAGGGGCGGGAUGGAGGGGAGGGGGGUUCGCCAGGUACCAGCACAGGGCGCUAGUGGUGGAGGUGCCGACUGUCUUCUCGUUCCGCAAGGCAGCAGCGCGCGUGCUUUCUAUCUUGGGCGAGAACCGGCUAGUGCAGGAGGCUCUGUGCUCCCGACCGGUGGGGCAGAGGGGGGUGCGCGUGCUGGUGAUGGAUGGGGGCGGCAUGCGGGGGCUGGCCAUGGUGCAGAUGCUGCGGCAGAUCGAGGGGCGCACGGGCAGGAAGGUGCACGAGCUGUUUGACCUCGUGUGUGGCACGUCCACCGGGGGCAUGCUGGCGGGGGAGCUGGGCGUCAAGCGCCUCUCUCUAGACCAGUGCGACCAUGUGUACAGGCAACUAGGCAAGCUUGUGUUUUCGAACGUGGAGUCCAUGGAGUCGGCGUCGUGGCGCGACAAGCUGGACCAGCUGUACAAGAGCUCGUCGCAGAACUACCGCGUGGUGGUGCACGGCAGCAAGCACAACGCAGAGGAAUUUGAGCAGUUACUGCAGGAGAUGUGCACGGAUGAAGACGGCGAUCUGCUCAUUGACUCCGCGGUCAAGGGCGGGCCCAAGGUGUUUGUGGUCUCCACGCUCGUUAGCGUCACCCCUGCCACUCCCUUCAUCUUCAGAAACUACCAGUAUCCCCCCGGCACUCGGGAGACCCCCCACCCCCCUCCCGACGGCUCCCCCAUUCCGACCCCCCCCCCGCGCAUGCGCUCCUCGGGGUUAUCCGCACUGCCAGGCACGUGCAAGAUGCAGCUGUGGCAGGCCAUCCGCGCCUCCUCCGCCGCCCCAUACUACUUCGAUGACUUUGCCGUGGGCCCGCACCGCUGGCAAGACGGGGCUAUUUUCGCGAACAACCCGACCAUUAUGGCGGUCCGAGAGGCGCGGCUGCUCUGGCCAGAGCUGCCCCUGGACUGCUUGGUCAGCCUCGGGUGUGGUUCGGCGCCGCCAAAGCUGCGCGGGAGGCCCGGGUGGAGGGUGGCGGAUACGGGGCAGGUGCUGGCUGAGGCAGCGACGUCAGUGGAGCAAGCGGAUAUAGCGUUUGAGUCGGUGCUGCCCAUGCUGCCAGAUGUGAAGUACUACCGAUUCAACCCAGUGGACGAGCGGUGUGGCAUGGACCUGGACGAGACAGACCCAGCGGAGUGGGAGAAGCUGGAGACCGCGACUGACGAGUACCUGACAGCCGCCAACCGCGACAUGGCAGAGCUCUGCAAGUACCUGCGUCUCUGCGUGGCCCAGGAGGAGGCAGAAGUAGCAGCAAGGGCAGCAGCAGCCGGGGGGUACCGAAGCCGCCCUGGCAGUCGCCCUGGGAGCGUGCCUGGGAGCCCCUGUCCCGGUACCCCCAAGACUGGGACCGUUUUUCCACCCAUCGUGCUCCCGAAGUCUCCUGGAACGCCCAAGACCUCUGCCCCGCCCUCGCCGCUCACCAAGGUGAUGGGGGCGCAGUGUGAGCAGAGGCGGGGUGGCAGUGGCAGCUCGCUCCAUGCGAUCAAUCCGUACCGUCGGCACGUGCUGCUCGUGGACUCCAUCCGGCCGUCCGUUUCCCGCCGGCCCUGGCAGCACUCGGCUCGGCUCUGCUGCACUGCGGGUACUGGUGGGGUUACCAGCAACACUGGUUACAGCCUAAGCUGCAGUGGUGCCGCUGGCUAUGGCAGCUCCGGUACUUCUGCCCAGGCAGCAGCAGCAGCAGCAGCGAGGCUAGCCAGAGUCAUUACCAGCAUCAGCACAGAAGGCGGCAGCAACGGCAGCCUCUUAUCCCACCUGCGCCGGCCCCCCAAGGUAGAGGAGCAUAUCUGUGUGCCCUGUGACCCUCCCUCCGGUGGCGCUGCUGCUGCCUCUGCUGGCCUCUACUUCUCCACCUCCCUGCAAUCCCCCUUCAGCUCCCGACCCUCCAGCGUGCCUGGGAGCCCCCGAGCCUCCGGGUCAGCUUCGGCAAUGGCUGCUACAGCGGCGGCAGCAGCAGCUGCCAGUGGUGGGAGUCCCCGUGUUGUGCCCGCAACAGCAAUGAUAGUACCGCCAGCAGCAGGUGCGGUUGCUGGUGCAGCUGUGAUGAAGAGGUCCGGUAGCAGCACAGCCUUGGCAGCAGGUCUGGCAACAGGCUCGGGCGGUGUAGGAAGAAAAACGCCCGACAGAAAUGGAGGAGGGACUAGUGAUUCUCCGGUCUUCCGAGUGCCUUCAAACCUUGAUCUCAAUGGGGCUAUAGGUGCGGCUGCGCGCCCUGUGACUGCUAGUACCACUGCUACUUCUACUGCUGCUCCUGGACCUUCCACCAGAGCAGCAAGCAUGGAGGAUACGCCGCUGGGGGUGGAGGCGAGUUUCCGGCCUUGGAUAGCGGAGGGGGAGGAUUCGGACGGGGCGGAGGAGGGGCCUCAAGGCCAAAGCAGCAGACUCGCAUCAGCAGCACUAGCAGCAGUGCCAGCGGCAGUAGCGGCAGCAGCAGCAGCAGCGCCAGCAGCAGCAGCAGCAUCGCUGCCAAGUGUGGGGGCGCGGCUGAAGCCGGUGUGGACGGCAGGGGGGUCGAAGAGGGCAGCAGCGCUGUCGCUGUCCGCCCCGGCUGUGGCGCUCAUGCAGCGCCUGCAGCAGGCGGCUGGCGUGGGGCUCGUGCAUCUAGCCCUGCCCUGUGAUCAAUCUGGUUUCAUCCUCACCUGGUCCUCUGAGGUCAUGUCAGUGGCAGAGCCCAGUGACUCCGCCUCUCACCUGCUCGCUCGUGCCAUUAACAGCAUUGGUUGGUGGAACCCGGCUCUCCACCACGCUGCUGCCCUCGCCAUCUCUUCCACCCCCUCUGCUGCUGCUUCUGGUGCUUCUGGCUCUGCCCCUGCUGGUGUUGCUGCUGUUGGUGGUGGUGCUGCUGCUAGGACUCCGGUUGCUGGCUCGGGUGGCUUUGCUUCGGCACCUGGUUCGGCGUCAGCUUCGGCAGCUGAUUUGGUUGGGCUUGCUGCUAGUCACCAGGGAGCCAGUUCUCCAAGCCUUGGCUCGUUGAAUGCUGCAGGUUCGGCCGCAGGUUCGGCAGGUGGACGCGCAGGCCCGGUAGGGGUCAGUGCUUCGGGUAGCGGUGGCAGCGGGCGGGGUAUAAGUGGAACACCCAGCUCUGCUGCUGCUGCUGCCGCUAAUGCUAUUCCUGCUGGUGGUUCUGCUGCUGCCGCUAGUGGUGCCGCUGGUGGUAUGAGAGGUGCUGGUGCGUUGGGUGGAGGAGGAGGAGGAGUAGGGGGAGGAGGCGGAAGGGGAGGGAGGGGAGGAGGAAUGGAGAAGCCACCAACGAGUCUGUGGGAGUUGGUGCAUGUGGCGGGCAGCUUUGUGGUGGAUGGUGUAUUGCACCGCUUCAUGGGCUGCCACACGCAGAUCCUCCCGGGCGGCAUGGAGGUGAGCACGUACCUCUUCAGCUGCACGUCGCCCGCCGUCCACCUCACAGAAGCCGACAUUCGCUGGAUGGCGUCCACCUGGAGGGAUCGCAUAAUUGUCUGCUCCGGCCAGCAGGGACCCCCCACUGCCCUUGUUGACGCCUUCCUCGAGGCUGGAGCCAAGGCUGUCAUCGCCCCUCCUCCUGCCGCCUCCUUCCUAAUCCCUGAUCGCUCUGCAUUAAUCGCGGCUGCUGCUGGUGUUGUAAGUGGCAUGUUUCCUCGUGUCGACUCGGCUCAGUAUGGGCUCAUGGUUCCGGAUUUAUCAGCAGCAACGGCGACUGCUGUGGGUGGGAAUUCAGGUAGGGUGGGGAGGAAGGAGGCCUGGUUGGAUGAUGUGGAGGCUUGGAUUGGCCGAGAGGAUCGAGUUUUUGGUUUGGCAGUGGAGAAGGAGCAGGCGAGCGCUAAGGUGGAGGAAGAAAGGCUGGGGUUAUUCUUGAAGGAUUUGUACAGUGCAUUGUUUGACGACGGGUUCUCGGCUCCUGUAGCAUUGGAGGAUACUCUGAAGGCUCAUCCUGGGAUGAAAUUUGUAUGCCAUGUCAAGAGGCGGUGAAUGCUUGCUCAAAAUGUACUGAUGUGUUAGACUUAAGUUAGCCUAUUUGGUUUGCUAU